GAGUAACGAUGCUGUCCUAGCAAGUGAUGCUGUCGGAGACAGGAGACAGGCGCCGAGGAGGCAUCGCCGCCGCCGCGGGGCUGGAGAGCCUCUCCCAGCACCAGCGCCCCGCUCGGCCCCGGGCUUCCUCGUCGCAGCCACGGCCGCGGCGGUUGCUCCCACGUUUUGAUGGUGGGCGGCGGCAGCUCGGCUUCGGCGCCAGCCUCUAACUGCUCGAUCGCUGGCCGCACCGCUCUCCGCUCCUGCCUUCCCGCCCUGGGGCCGCGGAAGCCGCGGGAAGUGGGGAAGGGGCGCCCCGGGAAGACCGCACGGCCGCGAAGGUGGAGGAGGCCGGCAGCCGGUACCCCCAGACCCGGACCGCAGCCGGCGCGAUGUCCACCAAGGUCAGGAAGUGCAAGGAGCAAGCAAGGGUGACCUUCCCCGCGCCGGAGGAGGAGGAAGACGAGGGCGAGGACGAGGGCGCGGAGCCGCAGCGCCGCCGCCGGGGCUGGAGGGGCGUCAACGGGGGGCUCGAGCCGCGCUCGGCGCCCUCGCAGCGGGAGUCGCACGGCUACUGCCCGCCGCCCUUCUCCCACGGGCCGGACCUGUCCAUGGAAGGAAGCCCAUCCCUGAGACGCAUGACGGUGAUGAGGGAGAAGGGCCGCCGCCAGGCUGUCAGGGGCCCGGCCUUCAUGUUCAAUGACCGGGGCACCAGCCUCACCGCCGAGGAGGAGCGCUUCCUCGACGCCGCUGAGUAUGGCAACAUCCCAGUGGUGCGCAAAAUGCUGGAGGAGUCCAAGACGCUGAACGUCAACUGCGUGGACUACAUGGGCCAGAACGCGCUGCAGCUGGCUGUGGGCAACGAGCACCUGGAGGUGACCGAGCUGCUGCUCAAGAAGGAGAACCUGGCGCGCAUUGGCGACGCCCUGCUGCUCGCCAUCAGCAAGGGCUACGUUCGCAUCGUAGAGGCCAUCCUCAACCACCCUGGCUUCGCCGCCAGCAAGCGCCUCACCCUCAGCCCCUGCGAGCAGGAGCUGCAGGACGACGACUUCUACGCUUACGACGAGGACGGCACGCGCUUCUCGCCGGACAUCACCCCCAUCAUCCUGGCGGCGCACUGCCAGAAAUACGAAGUGGUACACAUGCUGCUGAUGAAGGGCGCCAGGAUCGAGCGGCCGCACGACUAUUUCUGCAAGUGCGGGGACUGCAUGGAGAAGCAGAGGCACGACUCCUUCAGCCACUCGCGCUCGAGGAUCAACGCCUAUAAGGGACUGGCCAGCCCGGCGUACCUCUCAUUGUCCAGCGAAGACCCGGUGCUCACGGCCCUAGAGCUCAGCAACGAGCUGGCCAAGCUGGCCAACAUAGAGAAGGAGUUCAAGAAUGACUAUCGGAAGCUCUCCAUGCAGUGCAAAGACUUUGUAGUGGGUGUGCUGGAUCUCUGCCGAGACUCAGAAGAGGUAGAAGCCAUUCUGAAUGGAGAUCUGGAAUCAGCAGAACCUCUGGAGGUACACAGGCACAAAGCUUCAUUAAGUCGUGUCAAACUUGCCAUUAAGUAUGAAGUCAAAAAGUUUGUGGCUCAUCCCAACUGCCAGCAGCAGCUCUUGACAAUCUGGUAUGAGAACCUCUCAGGCCUAAGGGAGCAGACCAUAGCGAUCAAGUGUCUCGUUGUGCUGGUCGUGGCCCUGGGCCUUCCAUUCCUGGCUAUUGGCUACUGGGUUGCACCUUGCAGCAGGCUGGGGAAAAUUCUGCGAAGCCCUUUUAUGAAGUUUGUAGCACAUGCAGCUUCUUUCAUCAUCUUCCUGGGCCUGCUUGUGUUCAAUGCCUCAGACAGGUUCGAAGGCAUCACCACGCUGCCCAAUAUCACGGUUAUUGACUAUCCCAAACAGAUCUUCAGGGUGAAAACCACCCAGUUUACAUGGACUGAAAUGCUAAUUAUGGUCUGGGUUCUUGGAAUGAUGUGGUCUGAGUGUAAAGAGCUCUGGCUGGAAGGACCUAGGGAAUACAUUUUGCAGUUGUGGAAUGUGCUGGACUUUGGGAUGCUCUCCAUCUUCAUUGCUGCUUUCACAGCCAGAUUCCUAGCUUUCCUUCAGGCAACAAAGGCACAACAGUAUGUGGACAGUUAUGUCCAAGAGAGCGACCUCAGUGAAGUGACACUCCCACCAGAGAUACAGUAUUUCACUUACGCUAGAGAUAAAUGGCUCCCUUCUGACCCUCAGAUUAUAUCUGAAGGCCUUUAUGCCAUAGCUGUUGUACUCAGCUUCUCUCGGAUUGCGUACAUCCUCCCUGCAAAUGAGAGCUUUGGCCCCCUGCAGAUCUCUCUUGGAAGGACUGUAAAGGACAUAUUCAAGUUCAUGGUCCUCUUUAUUAUGGUGUUUUUUGCCUUUAUGAUUGGCAUGUUCAUACUUUAUUCUUACUACCUUGGGGCUAAAGUAAAUGCUGCUUUUACCACUGUAGAAGAAAGUUUCAAGACUUUAUUCUGGUCAAUAUUUGGGUUGUCUGAAGUGACUUCUGUUGUGCUCAAAUAUGAUCACAAAUUCAUAGAAAAUAUUGGAUACGUUCUUUAUGGAAUAUACAACGUAACUAUGGUGGUCGUUUUACUCAACAUGCUAAUUGCUAUGAUUAAUAGCUCAUAUCAAGAAAUUGAGGAUGACAGUGAUGUAGAAUGGAAGUUUGCUCGUUCAAAACUUUGGUUAUCCUAUUUUGAUGAUGGAAAAACAUUACCUCCACCCUUCAGUCUAGUUCCUAGUCCAAAAUCGUUUGUUUAUUUCAUCAUGCGAAUCGUUAACUUCCCCAAAUGCAGAAGGAGAAGGCUUCAGAAGGAUAUAGAAAUGGGAAUGGGUAACUCAAAGUCCAGGUUAAACCUCUUCACUCAGUCUAACUCAAGAGUUUUUGAAUCACACAGUUUUAACAGCAUUCUCAAUCAGCCAACACGUUAUCAGCAGAUAAUGAAAAGACUUAUAAAGCGGUAUGUUUUGAAAGCACAAGUAGACAAAGAAAAUGAUGAAGUUAAUGAAGGUGAAUUAAAAGAAAUCAAGCAAGAUAUCUCCAGCCUUCGUUAUGAACUUUUGGAAGACAAGAGCCAAGCAACUGAGGAAUUAGCCAUCCUAAUUCAUAAACUUAGUGAGAAACUGAAUCCCAGCAUGCUGAGAUGUGAAUGAUGCGGCAACCUGGAUUUGGCUUUGACUAUAGCACAAAUGUGGGCAAUAAUAUUUCUAAGUAUGAAAUACUUGAAAAACUAUGAUGUACAUUUUUAGUAUUAACUACCUUUAUCAUGUGAAUCUUUAAAAGUUAGCUCGUAAUGGUUUUAUUGUUUUAUCACAUGAAAAUGCAUUUUAUUUGUCUGCCUUGACAUUACAAUGACAUACCAUUGUGUUGAAAAGCCCAAUAUUACUAUAUUAUUGAAAUUUUUAUUCAUUUUAAACUCCACAUCUUUGCACUACCUGUUUGCCUCCAAGAGACUAUCAGUUUCUUGGGGACAGGGACCAUGUCUUAUUCAUCUUGGUGUCUCCAGCAUCUAGUACAGUGCCUGGUACAUAGUAGGUGCUCAAUAAAUGUUGAAACCAACUGAACUGAACUGCCAACAAAAUAAAAAUUAAAAAUCCUCACUAUGUAGCAUACCUUCCCUUGUCCAAGUUCUGAGUUCUGAAGAGAUCUUUUUUUUUUUUUAAUAGAAACUGAAGAAAUUUUACAACCAGCUAUGACUUGGUAAGACAUUCUUAGAAUUUUAGGUGUCACUGAUAAUCCUAGAACCAUUGAACCCCGAGGGAAGAGUUUAACAACAAAAUUGGUUAAUGGAAAAUAUAAUUACAUUAAAUAUUUAAGUUUCACAUAAUUAUUUAAAACAACACAUUAAAGAUUUUUCUAAAAUACAGACUGCUUGCUUUCUAUCCUAGACUUACAUUUGUCAUUUUUCAAUAAUGUGAUUUUCUUUUAAGUUGGAGGUUAUGCAGGGUUGUCAUUUUGUUAUAACGGUCUAUUUUCUGCCUCUGCUGCUUUCGUGCUAAAUGAGAUAUCAACAGCUGACUUUGUAUCUCAUCCGUGAGCUCCCUUCUGGGUUUUGGAGGGUCUGCUCAUGGGAAGAAAUAGGAAAGAGCAAUGACUAUGGGCGUACCUGGAAAGACAUGGCCAAGCAUCCCCAGGUGUGUUUCAGUUCCUUUUGAGGCAUGUCCUGCCAUCAUUGCUUACAAUGAUUGACAUCUUUUUUUCUUAUCAAAGGAUUCCAAUUCCACUUUCUAUAUAAAAUAGAUUGUGAUGUAUCUAUGUAUGCCUUAUUACAUAAUUGAGCUGAAUGCUGGUAAUAUCCGCAGUGCCUCUUGGGAAAAGGCAUACAGACCAGUAAGUUCCCAGGUCGCUUCAGAGACCAUAAAACAUUCAAAGCAUUUUUUAACCAGCUAGGUUUAAAUCUCUCAUAGAGUUAUGUUUAGCAUCCUGAGUCCCUUCAGUCAGUUGCUGUCAAGUCUUAUAGGAAUACGAAUUGUGAUCAUAGCUCAAAGAGUUUCAGAGGUCCUUAAAACCAACUAAAUACAUGCUACUUUAAAAUCAUUGCUGUCACACAGAAAAGCUUUCUAGACAUGAAGACAGAAAUAAGUGUUAAAUGGAACUGCAUAAAGCUCUUUAAAGUUACUUCUUAAUUUCUACUUUUUGAGAGUUAAAACAAAUUAAGAAAGGAACUGUAUACUUUUUUUGCUACCAUUGUAGAACAUUUCAUUAACUUUUGUGCGAUGCUAAGAGUAUUUGUCUUAAACAUUUUUAAGACUUUAUGUUGUGUCUCAGAACUGAAUAAAAUAUUGAAUUUUUCCAUUGUUAUAUGUUACCAUAUGUUAUAUUAAGAUAGUAAAGAUACAAAGUUUCUAUAAUAGAUAUUUCUGAUAGUUUUAUAGUAUGGUCCAGAUUCCAAGUGUGAAAAGUUUUUGCUUAUAGCUAUGGAACUGAAUAUUUUUAAUUUUCUUCCUUGGGGUUGGAAAAAAUGCUGAAUGAAAAAGUGGCAGAUUCAGCUGGGGACAUUCAGCCUACGAUCCUUGGAAUCUGAAGAUCAGAGAAGUAUGAAGAUAAGCCUCAUGGUAUCCACAUGAUGUGAAUAAAAAAAAAAAACUUUUUUUUUUGGGGGGGGGUCCAUGCCCCUCACAACUGUGGAGCUCUUAACAGGCAUUUUUUCUUUAUGUACUAUGUAUAAACUGGUAUAGUUUUAAUAUUUCAUCUUUUUCCUUAUCAUUUCAAGGUGGUGUUUCAGAAGAAGGUGUGAUGACAAAGUGUAGUGUGUGUGAUUGAUGUUUUUGAUGCCCUGCCCAGAUGCCCUCUACCGGGCCAGUGCACCUGUCUCCCAUAUUCUCCUGUCCAGUUCCUAGCUAAUCACUUCCCCUGGAGAAUUGCCCUCAGCUAAAAAGAAGCAGUUUUACCCUGGACGUGAUGCCUCCACCUUCCCAUGGCCAGUGACUGAUGGGUGGGGGCAGAAAGGGCCGGCCCCUUGUCUUGAGGUGGGGCCAACUAUUUGGUGCAGUUCAUGCUCCAGAGCUCCUGAAGGGAUUAGGCUGAUGCCAGACUCAAGUUGAGAUGAAAUCUUGGUUUAGCUUCUUCCUCUGCUUUUUCAAGUGUCCUUCCCUCCCUUUCUCCAGAGAGCAUCCCCUUAAUGAGUCAUCACAUCCAAAUCUUGUUAGGUUUUGCUUUUAGGGAACUCACACUAAGACAGAAGGUAUUAAUGUGGUAGCCUACGGUUGAAAUGAGGAUUAGUCGAGGGGAUUGCUGUCAGAAUUAGUCCUUCACUUGAGGAUAAAGAUAGCUCUGGGUCAGCAAGUCCUUUCCCUGCUCACUUUUAACAGAUACCUUUGGGAAAACAAAGCUGAAAGUUGUUGGGGCAAUUCAGAGAAGGGAGCGUUUAAACAGAACCAAAACCAACUUUCUAGAAAAAAAACAUUAAUUAAAGGAUUGUCAAAACCCCAGGAGUCUUCUUUCCUUGGGACAUCUCUCCUGUUUUUACCUCUUUGCUAUUUUUAUUUUUUUCUCAGUUACAGAUAAAAUAAAGAAAAGAAAGCAACAGUCAAACUGCUUCUUAGAUGUACUGUUUGAAAAGUUUGGUACUUUGUAAGUUCCUGCUAUAUUGAAUUUACAGAGUACCCAUGACUUUAUGGAAGUCACAAUCUGUUCAAAAGUUUGGGUUCUUAGACUUGAAAUAAUGAGAAAACUUUGAAAAAUGGUACACAAUAUCUUCAAAGAGUUUAUGCACAAUAAAAACUUUAAAAUGA